CACUCAUCACAUCAGCGAUGCGCGUCGCGUCGAGUCGGCGGUCCGUUCGUUGUGUGCGCAGCCCGUUAAGCGUCGGUGUCCGGACCCAGCCGUUCGUCCAUGAGAAGCGCGGCAGCGGCGCUGUUAGCGUGUGUCUUCGCGGCGCUGCUUCACUGGCUCGGCUGGACCGACAGAACUGCGCUCCUGUUGGGCUUCGGCUCUGCAGACAACCAGAAGGCAGUGCAUGAGGUGUUGGUGGGUGUUUUGUCCGCGCGGCAUCAUCAUGAGCUCCGGCAGGCCAUAAGAGACACAUGGCUGGGGUACCUUAAACACCACCCUCACUUCCAGAAACGGGUGAUGGUGAAAUUCAUCAUUGGUGAGCAUGGCUGUUCUGUGCCGGAGGAAGAUCGUGAAGACCCGUAUUCCUGCUCGCUGCUGAACCUCACAGAGACAGCUGCUGGGCAGGAGAUGGCUAUCUUGAGUGUUCCUGACACGUCUGCACUGCAGCCGUCCGAUGUCUCUGCCGUCAGUCUGGACUUCAGGGUCCUUCACUCGGUGGUCAUCACUCAGCUGGGCGUCUUUCCCAACGGACCGCGAGACGACUUCAGGGGCAACGUCACCGUCCGGCUCUUCCAGGUGGACCAAGAGGAGCCGGUGGUCACCGCUCGCUUCAGCGCACUGAGUCCAGGCACACGUGUGGGUGGGAUGUUUUACAAACCUGUCGAGCAGUUCAUUCUUCCCAAGGGUUUUGAGGGAACUCUUCUGUGGGAGGCUCAGGAUUCGACGGGCCUGAUGUCUGUCAACACGUCUGCGGUCCACCUGAGUAACGGAGGAGGGGUGCUCAAGUUUGGAUCUAUAGAGGAGGGAACGUUGCCUCACAGGAGCGCUUUGGGCUUCCCGGGCUUAGCUGGAGGAUUCACUUUUUCAGUGUACGGUACGAUGAGAUCACGUAUCGCAUCAGAGAAGAGCUUUGAUCUCAUUAUUUGGCCGUUGUUGAUCAGUUUCAGGCAGAACUGGGCCGUGGAUCGUGUGGGGAAAUGGCAGGAGCUGGAGUACGCGAGUCCAGCGUAUCCGGCCUUCGCCUGUGGAUCUGGAUACGUGGUGUCCAGGGAUCUGGUGCAGUGGCUAGCCUGCAACGCUCAACAUCUCAAAGCUUACCAGGGAGAGGAUGUGAGCAUGGGCAUCUGGAUGGCUGCCGUCGGACCUCACAAAUAUCAGGUGAAAAAGACAUUCAUUUUCAGCUGCACACCUUCAGAAACCAGCUACUCGUUAAUCAAUAUAAUCAAAGGCUACCUGUUUAAUAUUUAA